AUGUCGUCGAAAACAGUUCGAGACUUCCUCCAGCGUCACCCACAGCAGCGUUUAGAAUCUCCUUCUCGAGGCACAAGUGCUGCACUUCACAUUCUGGGUCUUUCCAGUUUUGCAUAUUCAUUCUACUGGCUAGAAGCCAAUCCGAACCCAGUCAAUGACUCUUUUGGUCGACACUUUCAACAUCUGACCAUUCUCGGUCUGAGUCUUGCUACAUUGACCUUCAUCAUUGGUCUACUUGCCGACCUAACCUUGUCGACUAGAUUGUUCAGGAUCAAGAACAUACUUUCGGUGACUAGUGCUCCCAUGGAAGUAUUGAUUAGUAUCCUAUACUGGGGUCUCAAAGGCAUUGAUGAAAGUCUUGUUCUUCCAGAGUGGGCUCCUAGGAUCCCAUUUGGUGCCGACUUCUCCUUCCAUGCUGCACCUUCAAUAGCACUUAUCUUGGAUCUGCUCUUCUUCUCUCCACCCUACACUGUCUCUGUCCUUCCGGCUCUAGGUAUUAGUAGUGGCAUUGCUAUCUCAUACUGGUUCUGGGUUGAGGAAUGCUUCAAACACAACGGAUGGUACCCUUACCCCAUCUUUGAAGUCUUGGACACUGCUGGUAGAAUCGGUCUCUUUGCGGGCAGUGCUGUGGUUAUGACAAUCAGCACUCUCUGCUUGAAGUGGACCUAUAAUCGUGUCAACAUGCACGCCCAGGAUAUCAGGAACAAGCCCAGUUGA